AUGGCGGCCAUGGAGGUGGACGCGGAGGCUGGCACGCUACAACUGUACCAGCGGGACGUGAACUGCCUCUCCGACGACGACCGUACCACGCGGCGGCGUGCGCUGACGCGGCUGGCGGCGUCCGUCUCCACUUUGGCGUCGGACGAGGCCGCCGGCAUGCAGACCCUCGCCGCCCUCUGGGAGCAAUCGCUGCGCGCGCCGCUGCUCAAGCUGCUCGCCGAUCCGGUGGAGAAGAACCGCGAGCUCGCGCUCGCACUCACUGCCGCGGUCCUCGAGGCGCUGCCGCAGCCGGUCAUCCGCGCCUCGCUCGCCCACGUCGCGCCGGCCGCUGCAGCGCGCCUCUCGAGCUCGGCGGCGGCAGAGCCGACCGAGGAGCUGCGGCUCGAGCUGCUCAGACUGCUGGGCACCCUCGCGCGCCGCGCCGGCACGCCACUUUCCGUCUACCUUCCCGAGAUUGCCGCUGCACUGCGCGCCGGCUUUGCCGACCCGUUUCCCGACGCAAAAAAGGCGGCGAGAUUAGCGGAGAUGAGGCGAUGGCGUCCAGCGGCGUGCUCGCUCUGCGUGCAGCUGAGCGACGUGCUGGCCGAGCACAUCGAGCCGCAUUGCGCGAUGCUCGCACGAGCGCUCCUCCCCGCCCUGGCGCACCAGCACUCGCGAGCGCUUGUGGCUCUGCUGCUGCGGGAGCCGUCGGCGCUCGCAGAGCUUGGCCCUCAGCUCGCCCUCCUCGCCACCGACCGCGCGAGCUCGGUCCGCGAGCAGGCGGUUGGCUCGGUGGCGCGGCUGCUUGCCGAGAUGCCCCACCGAGAGGCCAACACCGCUCGCCUCUUGCCGCACCUGCUCUGCGCCCUCUCGGACGAGGUCGAGUCGAUCCGCUCGCUCGCCCACACCUCGCUGGCCCGCCUCGGCGGCUCCACGGACGCGCGCAUUCGCGCGGCGGACACGCUCGCCGGCACGCUCUGGCUCGUCGGGCCGGCAGCAACCGACCACCUAGGCCCGCUGCUCGCCGCUCUCUCGAAGACGGUGGAGGACUCGGAUGAGGGCGUCGCACGGCAGGCGCGGCCCUCUGCCCUCUGCCGCCCCAAACCUGGUGCGCUCCGGCAGCGGCCAACGUGA